AUGAUACAGCUGGAUGACAAGAGUGCUGACUUGUGUACAUUUGGGACGCCAUUCGGCCGGUACCAAUAUUUACGUUUGCCAUACGGCAUAAAUUCGGCUUCUGAGGUGUUUCAUGCUCGAGUUAGGCAGUUGUUAGAAGACCUGGAAGGCGUCGACUCAUUCGUUGAUGACGUCAUCGUCUGGGGUUCUACUAAGGAGGAGCAUGAUGAGCGCCUUCGAAGCCUUCUGGAGAGAGCCAAUGAGGUAGGUAUAAAAUUCAAUCCAGAAAAGUGUGAGUUCGGUGUGAAUGAGGUUACUUAUUUGGGCCAUAGAUUUAGUAUUGAUGGUAUGAAAAUAGACCAAACUAAAUUAAAGGCGAUUACUAAUAUGCCGAGUCCAACAGAUCGUUCAUCACUCGAACGCUUCCUCGGUAUGGUUAAUUAUGUUAGUAAAUUUAUUCCUCAUUAUUCGGAAAAGGUUGCACCGUUGCGUAAUUUGUUGAAAAAAGAUAGUGAGUGGUGUUGGGGUGAGUGCGAGGAGGUCGUGGUAAGCGAGUUGAAGCGUGCGUUGUGUGCGGCGCCCGUGCUGGCGCUGUUCGAGCCGCGCGAACCCGCCGUGCUGUCGGUGGACGCGAGCGCGCGCGCUCUCGGCGCGGUGCUGCUGCAGGCCGGCCGACCUGUCGAAUUCGCUUCAAUGACGCUCACGGACACACAGCAAAGAUACGCUCAAAUUGAAAAGGAGAUGCUGGCAAUAGUUUUCGCUUUGGAAAGGUUUCAUCAAUACAUCUUUGGAAAAAAUGAUGUAAUCGUUGAAACCGAUCACAAACCUUUGGAGGCUUUGUUCAAAAAGUCACUUGACUCUGUGCCGGCUAGACUUCAGCGAAUGAUGCUUCGCGUGCAGCGUUAUGACUUUCAGGUAAAGUAUACGCCGGGAAAAUAUAUGUUUGUUGCCGACACUUUAUCUAGGGCCCCGCUUCCUGAUUUAUUAAAUAAUAAGGUAUCGGAGGAACUCGAAGAACAGACAUGUUUCUUAAUACAAAACCUAAGAUUUAGUGGUGGUCGGCUUGAAACUGUAAGGGUGCAUACUGAACGAGAUGAGGAAUGUCAAACUUUAAUUAAUUAUGUAUUGAACGGCUGGCCCAUUAACAAGUACAAUGUGAAAGAAAUAGCUCGCCCGCAUUGGAGCUACAGAGAGUGUUUGGAAUAUGUUGAUGGAACGUUGUUAAUGAAUAACUUGGUAUUUAUUCCUAAAACACUCAGGUCGGAGAUGAUAGAACGCGUGCACGAGGGACAUCUCGGUAUAGACAGGUGCAAGAGGCGUGCGCGUGACGUCAUGUUUUGGCCAGGGAUGUCACGCGACGUGGAGCGCGCUGUGCGUGCGUGUCGAGUGUGCUCGCUGCAUGCACCCCUGCCGCAGCGCGAGCCGAUCAUAGCACACCACAUACCUGGGUUACCAUGGGCAAAGAUAGGCUCGGAUAUUUUUGAAGUCAAUAAGAAAUAUUUCUUGAUACUAGUCGAUUAUUUUUCAAAUUUCGUGGAAGUUUCGCCGUUAACAAGUAUUUCUUCAAAGCAGGUGAUAUUAGCCAUGAGGGAUCAAUUUGCCAGGCAUGGCAUACCCCAGGAAUUGAUAUCUGACAAUGGACCUGCCUAUUCCUCUAAGGAGUUUAGAAAUUUUGUUGAGAACUGGGGAUUUAAGCACUCGACAUCGUCACCUAAUUAUCCGCAGUCAAACGGACGUAGUGAGCGUGCAGUGCGAACAAUAAAAGGCUUGAUAUCCAAGUCAGUACAUUCGAAUGAAGAUUUCUAUUUAAGCUUGCUUAAUUACAGAGCAACGCCACGAGAUGGCAUAGCGAGCCCUGCCCAAUUGCUGAUGGGCCGAAGGUUAAAUACUCGUCUUCCGUGUCACCAUAAUAAACUGUUGCCAGAAAGGGACAAUACAGCUGAUUAUAACAACUUGAUACGAAAUCAAAUUAGAAGCAAAUCGUGGUACGACUCUCGUGCCCGGCCGCUUCCUGAAUUAAAAGUAGGCGACAACGUUGUGGCGCUGGAGGGGCCGCGCCGGGAGUAUGCGCGAGUGCUGCGGCGCGCGGCCCAGCCUCGCUCGUACUUCGUGCUCGAUGGUGCGGGCAGGGUGCUGCGUAGGAAUCGUAGGCACCUAGUGAGGGUUAGUUCUCCUGAUCCUGAGCCGUCUCCCGCGACAUCGUCGCAACAGACGACUUGUGAGGACGAUGUCACCCAGGAAGAUACUGGAUUAAACCAUUCUUCUAGCGAGUCGGAAUGUUACGAUUCCUGUCCUGAACUAUAUGAUAAUGUAUCUCCAAAAUCAUCAGUUGGCCAAAUACAAAAUAAGCGAACUGAAAGGGCAGCUGCAAGGGUAGCUAAAGAAAAGUUAAAAUUUAUGAAUUAA